CCUGCGCGAGCGGGCGUGCCCCGGAAGCAGUUCUUUGGCCCUGUGACACGUAGCAACGGGGCCAGUUCAGGGUCUGAAACUGAGUUUGGGGCUUUGGGGGGGCUGCUGGAGCUAUCGCCGCCGCCACCACCGCCGCCGCCGCCACGUUUGAUCAUUUGCAAUGUCAGGCUUUGAAAACUUAAACACGGAUUUCUACCAGACAAGUUACAGCAUCGAUGACCAAUCACAACAGUCCUAUGAUUAUGGAGGAAGUGGAGGACCCUAUAGCAAACAGUAUGCUGGCUAUGACUACUCGCAGCAAGGCCGGUUUGUCCCGCCAGACAUGAUGCCGCCUCAGCAGCCGUACACUGGGCAGAUUUUCCAGCCAACACAGGCGUACACGCCAGCUUCACCUCAGCCAUUCUAUGGAAACAACUUCGAGGAUGAGCCCCCUUUGUUAGAAGAGUUAGGUAUCAAUUUUGACCACAUCUGGCAAAAAACACUAACAGUGCUACAUCCAUUAAAAGUGGCAGAUGGCAGCAUUAUGAAUGAGACUGAUUUGGCAGGACCAAUGGUUUUUUGCCUUGCUUUUGGAGCUACAUUGUUACUGGCUGGCAAAAUCCAGUUUGGCUAUGUAUACGGGAUCAGUGCAAUUGGAUGUCUAGGAAUGUUUUGUUUAUUGAACUUAAUGAGUAUGACGGGUGUUUCAUUUGGUUGUGUGGCAAGCGUCCUUGGAUAUUGUCUUCUUCCCAUGAUCCUACUUUCCAGCUUUGCAGUGAUAUUUUCUUUGCAAGGAAUGGUAGGAAUCCUUCUCACUGCUGGGAUUAUUGGAUGGUGCAGUUUUUCUGCUUCCAAAAUUUUUAUUUCUGCGUUAGCCAUGGAAGGACAGCAACUUUUAGUAGCAUAUCCUUGUGCUUUGUUAUAUGGAGUCUUUGCCCUAAUUUCCGUCUUUUGAACUGAAUUUAUCUGGGAUGUGGACAUCAGUGGGCCAAAUACACAAAAAGGAGCUUGAACUCUUAAAUUGGACCAGCAAACUGCUACAGCGCAACUCUUAUGCAGAUUUACAUUUGACUAUUGGAGCAAUGGAAGUAAACAUUAUCUUCUGUUCAUUUUUAUAGAACUUUUGAAUACUAUAUUGGAUGUACCUGAAGUGUGACUAGCUUUAAGUGUUUGUGUUUCUAUAAAUAAGAAAUGCAAUUUCUUUCCUGUUCCUCAGCCUUUGAAAAACAACUUUUUUCCUUGCAAAUUAUACUGUUUUUGAUAGAUUUUUAUCAACUGUGGGAUAUCAACCACAAAGCUGAUAAUCUUUCUUAAAAACAACCCAGUCAUCGUAGACAUAAGACUUAUUGCAGAAAUAUUUUUCCAAGGAAUUAGGAAAGAAAAUUGGCUGUAUCCUUAAGUCAGGUGCACUUGAAGCAAAAAAAAGUGAUCCAACUGCAGAACUUUGAGUGUACACUUCAAAAUGUCCUGUCAAUUAUCUCAUAGAGAUUUUGCUAAAAUUCAGAGAUACAAGAAGUUCACAGUCUACUUUAUUGUAGACAUGAAAUGUGAAUGCCCGUUUAGGUAAUUAGUAAACGUUAGUGACCUGGACUGGCCACGUCAGUGCUCAUAGUUGGGUCUCCACGUUUCCCAAGAGAAAAAAAAAAAUCACUAACCUUUUUUGAGAAAAAUAUUUAAAAUCUCACAAUUUCAGUAUUUCGGUUUAUUGAUGUAAAGUAUAUUUGGAUGCUUAUUAAAAUUUUCCCAAUUAA